AUGGUACAGGCACAGUCGCCUGGAGCGACUGUCCACGAAAAUUCGCCUCUGAUGGAGUCGCGGCGGGGAAAUGACUCUGAAGCCGAGUUUGUGGAGGGUCAUGUUGAGGGGAAGAAUUUGGAUGAUUCGUCCAAGAGUGGAUGGUAUUUGUUUUUGUUGACUAUUUCGAUUGGAGGGUUGCAGGUUGUUUGGUCUGUGGAGUUGUCUAAUGGAUCGCCAUAUCUGCUCUCUCUUGGCAUGAGCAAGGCCCUUCUCGCAUUUGUGUGGAUUGCCGGACCUGUGACUGGUACCCUGGUACAACCGUACAUCGGUAUUCGAAGCGACAAUUGCCGGCAUCCAUGGGGCAAGAGGAAACCAUUUAUGGUUGGCGGUGCGGUGGCACUGAUCAUCUCUUUACUUGCCCUAUCUUGGGUGCAGGAGAUUAUGGGCGGGUUUCUGUCGAUAUUUGGCGUCGAUCGAAAGUCCCACGGAGCCAAGAUAACUAAUAUCGUUGUUGCAACGAUAUUGAUGUAUUGUCUUGAUUUUGCAAUCAACACUGUCCAAGCCGCAAUUCGAGCAUUCAUUGUCGAUAAUUGUCCCGCCCACCAGCAGGAAGUCGCCAAUGCGUGGGCUAGUCGAGUGACUGGCGUCGGGAAUAUCUGCGGCUUCAUCUUUGGAUAUCUCGAUCUACCCAAGAUCCUGCCUUUCCUGGGAAAGACUCAAUUCCAAGUUCUCUGUGCUUUGGCUUCUAUAUCCCUCACCGUCACACUACUCGCCAGCUGUCUCUACAUCCAAGAGCGAGAUCCCAGACUGGAUGGACCGCCUCCUUCGGAUGGUCUCGGUCUUGUCUCGUUCUUCCGUCAAGUUUUCAAGUCUAUUAAAAACUUACCGCCACAGAUUGCGCGGGUCUGCGAGGUACAGCUCGCUGCGUGGGCUGGAUGGUUCCCAUUCUUGUACUACGCGACUACUUAUGUUGGGCAGCUUUAUGUGAACCCGAUCUUUGCGGAUCACCCAAAUAUGUCCGAGGAUCAGAUCGAUCGGACCUGGGAGGAUGCCACUCGAAUUGGUACAUCGGCACUUCUUGCCUAUGCCGUUAUCUCUUUCGUGGCUAAUAUUGUUCUCCCGCUCUUUGUGAUCCCCACGUCCGGCCAAGUCUCCGAGACUACGGUCCAUCAUGAUCGGCUUGUUUAUCCUGAGGAAGAGGAUGGAUGUGACGCUGGACAAUCUUAUGAGCCGCUUCUCGAUGGAACACCGCAUAAGGUUGUUGAAGAGAAACCGACUUGGCUUUCCCGGUUGCAGAUUCCCGGGUUGACACUCCGCCGCACAUGGCUCCUCUCGCAUGUGCUAUUUGCAGUAUGCAUGUUCAGUACAUUUUUCAUUUCAUCUUAUCCCGCUGGGUCGGUGGUCAUUGGCUUUGUCGGUAUCUCCUGGGCAUUGACCUUGUGGGCACCUUUUGCCCUGAUCUCCGCCGAGGUAGCUCGUGCCGAUGUCACACGGCGCUCACAUCGUCGCGAAACAGGAGGCGUCGGCUCUGCGACGGAGCCCGGGAGGGCACAUACUACCGCCUCCGGGUCUUAUGCACCUAUAUCUGGCGAGGAUGAGCAUGAAGACGGGGAUCGUGACGAUGCUGAGGACCAUGAUUUGGGGAAUGGUGAUCAAAAGCCAACUCCCAUUAGCGAGGAAGAGAAUCUUGCACAGGCGGGCAUUGUGCUAGGUCUACAUAAUGUGGCCGUUUCAUUCCCGCAGAUAUUUUCUAGUCUGAUCUGCAGUGCUAUCUUCAAGGCUGCUCAGAAGCCGCGCGGCGAGCCGUGGGAUGAUAGUGUGGGAUGGGUGCUUCGCUUUGGUGGAUGCGCUGCAUUGGUUGCGGCGUGGCUUACGAAGAGGUUGGCUGAGGGCUCGCAUUAA